UUAAGAUUUUUUUUUUAUGAAUAUUGAAGGUAAUCACACUUAAUAUUCUGAUUUAUUUAAUUACUGUUAUUAUUAUCUAUACAACAAGGAUAGAUGAUUUUGAGAGUAAACAUUGAUUAUGGGUGUUGAUUAAUGAUUGACAAGAGUAUAUAAAACAAGGAUAGAUGAUGAACAAGUUAAGGUAACGGUUUCACGAAAUGUUGACCCGAGUGUUUUGAUCAAAAGGCCAGAAAAAUCAAAGAUGCACGCUGAGUGCGGUGGUGCGAUAAAUAUGGCAAAAAAAAUCAUAGAAGAAGAAAUACUGGAAAUCAAAGAAGAAAUAGAGAACAUCGAUAGGACAAUUGCAAUGUACAACAGUCGUAUAACCUACUACCAACGUGAGGUCCUAAUAGAAAAGAAAUGCUUGGAAGACCAACAAGAGACGUUACUUAUGGCUCAAUCUAAUUUGAAAUGCUUUGAUGGUGGUAGAACGAGCAGUGGAAGAGGAAGUGGUGGUAGAGGUUCUAGUGGUAGAGGUGGAGGUGGAAAGAGUGGUGGUGGUGGAUGGAGCGGUGGAAGAAGAAGCAGUGAUAGAGGUCGAUUCAAUAGCCUUAUAGGAAGCGAUGGUUCUGGUGGUGGAGGUGGAAGGAGUGGUGGUGGUGGAUUUGAAGGAGGUGGAAGGCUCCGUGGAUUUGGUGGUCGAGGAAUGGGCUUAGUGGUCCAGCCAUUCAUUGGCUAUUACAUCGACCACUGCCAAUCGAGUUUCGACCGCCAUCGCCCGUUCAUUUUAGGAGGUGUCAUUGCAGUCGUUAUUGCUGCCUUGCUCAUUGCGUUUGCAUCUGAUCUAGGCCAUUUGUUUGGUGACACCCUGGAGUCAGAAACAAAGCCACAUAAUAUUGUCAUUACUGUCUUGAGCUUAUCCAUGUUCGAAGUUGCAAAUAAUGUAGUCCAAACACCUUGUCGAGCCUUCAUUGGUGACCUCGCCUCUGACGAUUACAACCAAGUGAUAAUAGGCAACUGGUUGGUUUCUUUUUUCAAGUUUGCUCAGUUACUUGGUGAAUUCAAUGGCCUACCACAAUCCAUGUGGAUGCUAAUGUUGAUAACGGGGAUCAGUUGGGUUGCAUGGUUCCUAUUUUCUUUAUUCAACACUGAUUGGAUGGGCCGUGAAGGAUGGAAAGCGAUUCGUGACUUUUACGGAAUCGAUCUUGGUGCCUGGAUUACCUUGGUUUUUGUUGGUGACGGACAGUUUGAUAUACAGUUGACUGAUAGGUUUCACAAGAGUAUCCCCUACCCGGUUUUUGAUCCCCUUAUGCAUUUCCUUCUUGACAAGAUGAAUUUGCAAGCAACUUUCGAUGAAUAUCUCCCCCCAAUAACAUCUCUUCUCGCUUAUCGUCACAAUAUCACUGACAUGAUUCUACUUUACACCGGCAAUGUUCCGCAGAUGCUUGAUACCUCAAGACAACUGUGA